AUGAAGAAUCAAAAAAACUUUGAUUUCUUCAGAAAGAAGAAUGAUGAAUCAACAAGUGAUUUAAAUGGGCCAAAUAACAUAUUUCCUUGUAUUUCAGAACCAGCAUCUACUAAAAGACCAAGACUUGAAAAUGAGACUCUUAAUGAACCGCUUUCGAAUUCGAGUAACAAUUUGCAAUAUGUUUCUGAUCCUGGAAUUCGCAUCCCAAUUUUACAACAUCCCAUUGAACUUCAAGAUGAGGGUCAUGAUGAAUCAAUUGCCUCUAAAAACCGUGGAAAUUAUUUGGAAUUGGUAGCUUUGUUGGGAAGAAUGAAUCCAGAAAUUGGUAGUACUUUGGAAAAAGCAUCUAAAAAUGCAAAGUACACAUCACCAGAAAUUCAAAGAGAGAUUUUGAAAAUUAUUGCUGAUAUUGUGAGGGAUAAAAUUCGUGCAGAAAUUGGAGAAGCCAAGUUUUGUAUCCUCGUUGAUGAAGCAAUUGAUGAGUCAAGUAAAGAACAAAUGGCUAUCAUUUUAAGAUAUGUUGAUCGGGAUGGGUUCAUUAGAGAACGAUUUUUUGAAGUUGUUCACGUUGAAAAUACAAGUGCAUUAACUUUGAAAAAAGAGAUAUGCAAUGUAUUCAACCAAUACAAUCUGUUAACUGAAAAUCUAAGGGGGCAAGGCUAUGAUGGCGCAAGUAAUAUGCGUGGGGAAUGGAAUGGACUCCAGACUUUAUUUCUUAAAGAUUCUCCACAUGCUUAUUAUAUUCAUUGUUUUGCUCAUAGACUACAACUUGCUUUAGUUGCAGUUUCUAAAGAAGUGCAUGAUGUUUGGCAUUUCUUUUCAACAUUAACUUCGGCUAUUAAUUUUGUUGGUUCAUCUGCUAAACGUCAGUUUCAAUUGAAAUCUAUCCAAAAAGCUGAAAUUAAUGAUUUGAUAAAAUUGGGAGAAAUUGACAUUGGUAUUGGAUCUAAUCAAGAUUGUUCUUUGGUACGAGCUGGAGCUACUCGUUGGAGUUCACAUUUCAACUCUGUUAGGAGAUUCAUUAGUUUGUUUGGUUCAGUGAGUACACUUUUUCAAGAUCUUGUCGACAAAGGUCCCAAUAGUAACAUUCGAGGAGAGGCUAAAGGUUUGUACUUGGAUAUAAAAUCAUUUGACUUUGUAUUUGUAUUAUUUCUAAUGCAUGAAGUUUUGGGAAUAUCAGAUAAGUUGUGUCAGACAUUACAGAAGAAUGACAUAGAUAUUUUGAAUGCUAUAAAUUUGGUUUAUACUACUAGACUAAAUCUUCAACAGAUCCGAGAUGAUAGAUGGGAAGGAUUUCUUUGGAGUGUGUUGAAGUUUUGUGAAAGCAAUGAUGUUGAGGUGCCAGACUUUGAUGAUUGCUACACACGAGGUACAAAACGUUCUUGCCAGCAGAAAAACAAUAUAACAAUCCAUGAUCACUAUCAUUUUGAAAUAUUUAAUGCAGUAAUAGAUUUUCAGUUGAUGGAAUUGAAUGAAAGAUUUCCAGAGGGCACAAUAGAACUUCUUACUCUCAGUAAUGCUUUGAGUCUCGUUGAUGGAUUCAAAUCAUUUUCUCUGUCUGACAUUUGUUCUCUUGUUGAUAAAUUUUACUACUAUGAUUUCAAUCUAGAAGAAAGAGGAGAUUUGGAGAGAGAAUUAGAUCAUUAUAAAUUUGAUAUACCGCGUCAUGCGCAGUUUCAGAAUCUUAAUUCUUUGCAUCAUUUGUGCCAAACAUUGGCCAGAACGACAAAGUCAGUUAUCUAUCCUUUGAUUGAUAGGUUGGUUCGAUUAGUUUUGACUCUUCCAGUUGUUAGGACCAAAAGUAGCUAG